AGCGGCCGGAUCCGGCGGGACGGGACGGGACGGGGCUGCCGCCCCUCAGAGGCUGUGCGACGCUGCCGGCAGCGGCCAUGGCUUUCGCGAAGGCUCCGAAGGACCCUUUCGGCACCGCCGUGGGCAGCCUGGUCGACCGGGCGACGUUUGGAGCGCUGCAGGCGGAGGAGUGGGGACAGUUUAUGCACAUCUGCGACGUGAUCAACGCGACGGAGGAGGGGCCUAAAGAUGCAGUUAAAGCACUAAAGAAAAAGCUUUCAAAAAACUGUAACCAUAAGGAGAUCAGGCUUACCCUGUCCCUGCUUGACAUGUGUAUAGAGAACUGUGGCCCAAGAUUCCAGUCUUUAGUUGUGAAGAAAGAUUUCUGUAAAGACAAGCUGGUGAAACUACUGAAUCCAAGAUACAAUCUGCCAAUUGACAUGCAGGAGAAAAUCUUGACCUUUAUCAUGACGUGGGCCCGAGGUUUCCAAGGAAUGGUGGAUGUGAGCGAAGUAAAAGAAGUUUAUCUAGAAUUGCUGAAGAAAGGAGUGGAGUUUCCGUCUUCCGGCACCAGUAGAGGGGGACCUAAGCAGACUUCAUCUCAGCCUUCUGCAAAGUCAUCACCGUCUUCUGCUAAUCCUGCAAAACGUUCUUUACUGCCUCUUCCCACAGGCCCAACAUUAUUGUUGACUCCUGAACAGAUUGGGAAACUGUACAGUGAACUGGAUAUGGCAAAAAUGAACGUGAGAGUCAUGUCAUCAAUAUUAAAAGAAAAUGUUCCUGGCUCUGAAAAUCCGGAUGAUAUGAAUCUUUUACAGAAACUGUAUAAGACCUGUCGGAUGAUGCAGGAGAGGAUCAUGGAAUUGUUGGUGACAGUGGAGAAUGAAGAUGUGAUAGUUGAGUUAAUACAAGUAAAUGAAGAUCUGAAUAAUGUCCUCCUGGGACAUGAAAGGUUCUCUCGAAACAGAGUUCGUUUUUUGGAGAAUCAGAGAAUACAACGUGAACGCACAGAGCUAUACAGGAAACAGCCAUCUGCUCCCUCCAGUGAUCUACUUGACCUCUCCGUAGAUUCUCCAUCUCCUCUGUCAACAGUGGUGCAAACUGACUCUGCAGUGUCUCCUUCAGGCCUUAAUUGCAUAUCUGCACACCCUGAAGAUAAAAACAGGCAUCAUCCAUCAAUUUAUCCACAGCUAGAUUUAGCAACUAUAACAAAAGCUCAGCAAUUCCCAUUUGCAGCUGAAGCACAAAACAAUAGUGUAAGCAACCCAGCUGGACAUUCAUAUAGUAAUUUGGCGACUCUUUUAAGCCCAGUGCCUCUGAAUCCAGUAAAUCUGCAAACUUCUGCAUCAUUAAAUGGACCGUCACCAGCAGCUGCAUCAAAGAACAAGUCACAAUCACCUCAUUACUACGAGAUAAUGGAAUUUGAUCCCUUGGCUCCCACUGAAGCUAUUUAUGAAGAAAUUGAUGUUGUGCUGAAGACAGAAGUUAAAAAGAAUACAGAGUGCUGAAGGUGGAGGUGAAGUCUUCUACUGAACACAGGUUAUUCUCUGAUGCUGGUCCUGUGCUGUGCUUCCAAUAAUGUACAAGUGAAUAACAGAACAGGUUUUGUAUUUUGACACAACAAGCAAUAAGUAUUGGAAUAUUAAGCUGUGUGGAAGUUGAAGCAUUACUUGGAUCUACACCUUGAUAAUUUGUCCUAAGUGUUCAACUGUGUACUCUUCAAAGUGACUUGCAUGAUUAUUUUUUAAGUAUUUUAGGGGCCUUUAAAAUAUGAUUUUCAAAUUCACCUGCGUAUGAGGUAACACUUGACACCUGACACAGGUAAACAAAAAGGACUUUUGCAACUAUAGAAGAAAGGUUUUCUUUCAAGUUAACUGUUCCUUUGUAUUGCUUUACCCCUUUAUGCAGCAAACAAAACUGAACGUUAUGUUUACAGAAACUGCAGAAUCCAGUUUCUAUUUUGGCCUCAUUGCUGUCUGUGUUAAUCUCCCUGGGAAUUUAUUAAGGGGGUUUUGAUAUGUAGGACUUUUCUAAAAUUGGGCCUCUUGAUAGAUGCCUGAAGACAUGCAGUGUUACUUUCCUACAUUCAUAUUAUGAAUACAGAUUUCGUUUUCUUUCUAAAAGCCUGCAAUAUAAUUGGAUUUUUGUCUUGGUAAGAAACUGAGCUGGGCCAUGAGCUGCUGUCAUCCAUGAUUAACAGAACAGAAAAAAACCUGCUUGUUCCUAUGUUGUUGUUGCUUUUCUUUACUGAGUAAAUAUUGGAGGGGGAUCAAUCAUUUCUUUCAAUGUUCCUGCCCUGCAGAGAUUGUUGUUCUGGUGAAGAAAAAAAUAAUCAUCUACAAUGCAGAUGAGCAAUAGUUAUCCAUUUAUUUUAAUCAAGUUGUUUAACCCUGUUAAUAACAGUUUUAUCUUUUAAUAAUUAAAGUGCCUUAUCUAUUUUAAUGCUGAAUGUAAAAUGUGCACUUUAACAGGUAUAGUUCUCUGAAUUUAUAAUUGAUAUAAAAUUUGAGAACUUAGUUCAUGUUCAUAGCUGAUAAGCUAAUUUUCUGUGAAAUACUGCAUUUUAAAUGUUCAUUAUGUUAACUGUUUAAGUUCUCAGUCGGUUUUGCAAUUUUUGUAGCAUAAAAUUCCAAAUAAAAGCAAAUGCUUACUGAGAAGUUACCCCUCAUCACUUCUGAGUUUUUACCAGAUAACGUGUGUAUUCCAUGAAAUACCAAAUGUAGAUAGCUUUGGAAGUAUUUUAGUGUGAAU